CUCCCAAGGAUCAAAUUUCUCGUGUGGCAAAAAUGUUGGCAGAUGAAUACGGAACUGCCUCUAACAUUAAAUCUCGAGUAAAUCGUUUAUCUGUGUUGGCUGCUAUCACAUCAACGCAGCAAAGAUUGAAAUUAUACACUAAAGUUCCACCUAAUGGACUUGUCGUUUAUUGUGGUACUAUUGUUACUGAUGAAGGGAAGGAAAAAAAGGUUAACAUUGAUUUUGAACCUUUUAAAGCCAUUAAUACUUCUCUCUACCUAUGUGAUAACAAGUUUCACACGGAAGCUCUAUCCGAAUUGCUGGAAUCAGAUAACAAGUUCGGAUUCAUUGUGAUGGAUGGUAACGGUGCUUUAUUCGGCACCUUGAGUGGCAACACCAGGGAAGUCAUCCAUAAAUUUCAAGUUGAAUUACCGAAAAAACAUGGUAGAGGUGGUCAGUCAGCUUUGCGUUUUGCUCGUCUUCGUGAAGAAAAGCGACACAACUACGUUCGUAAAGUCGCUGAACUGGCAGUUCAGUUCUUUAUUACAAACGACAAAGUCAAUGUCACCGGACUUAUUUUAGCCGGUUCUGCUGAUUUUAAGACUGAAUUAUCUCAAUCAGACAUGUUUGACUCGCGUCUUCAAGCUAAACUUAUUAAAUUAGUCGACGUCUCUUAUGGAGGAGAGAAUG